AUGGUUACCUUCGCCCUGCCCGGCGAAUAUGACGCCGCGGAUGCUGGAAAUGGCACGCCCAAGACACGUCCUCCUCUGCCCUUUGCGAAGCGCACCUACGUCGCGACGCCCUUUGCCAAGCGCCUGGGAACCCCCACGACGGCCACGUCGCGCAAGCUGCUGAUCAAUCGCGAUGCAAACGUCCACCGCGAUGUCGCCUCGUCACGCACCAACCUGUUUGGCGCAACCGCCGUCGACAGCCCCCCCACGGCGAGCACCUUCUCGCCCACCCUGCCCAAGAGCACGAUGAAGAAGGUGUUUGCCCCCGGCGUGACUCCCGAGCCGAGCCGCGUCUAUCGCGAGACGACCGCCCGCCCGACACCGCGCGGCCUGGCCGCCAACGCCUCCGACAAGGAGCUGUUCAACAUGCGCAUCGCAUCGCCGCCCCCAGAGUUGACGGGCGAGGUCCUCGCCAGCAAGGUUCCAAAGGACUGGAAUUCUAAGGGAUCCAUCUAUGCCGACCAGUUUCUGGCCCACCUCUGCCCCCCCAACCUCGACGACGAGCAGCGUCGCCAGUUCUUCUGCAUCCUCGAUCUGCGCCGACUGAAAUACGCCGCCAACGAAAUCUUCUGCAAGAAGAGCUGGAAGCUCAACAUUAUGAACUUUGCCAAGGAGUUUGAAAAGAGCCGAAGCAUCAUCCUACUUCGAUAUGGACUCUACGAGUUCCAGAGUGUCAAGCCGUCCAAGGAAGUUCUCAAGAGAUGGCGACGGGAGCAUGGCUUGCCCGACCCUGAAGAGGAGGAGGAGGAGGCUGCCGAAGCGUUGAACGGCACCCCCACCAAGCGGGCCCCCUCCAUGAAGCGAAAGGCCGACGACAACCUGUCCAAGGAGACUGCUGAUGCCACUGAGAAUGUGGCCACGGCAGGCAAGCGAAGGGCUACCGUCAGUGAUGAAGUCGACGAGCCUACUGCCGCUACUCCGGCCCCAAGCAAAAACAACAAGAGAAGGACGUCCACCAACGAAGAGUCCCCAUCCAAGCUGCAGAAAGCGACGCCUUCCAACGCCAAAUCCCUCUUUGAAAAGAUCGCCAGCAAGCCGGCCGUUUCUCCCGCCCCCGUCAAGGCGGUCGAGAAGAACGGCGCCAAUGGCAAGCUUUCUCGCUCCGUCUUCAACAACAGCCUGAAGCCCCCGGCAAACGGCGUCAGCAAUGGCAACAACAUCUUUGGUUACCUGUCUGAUGCUAGUUCUGCCAAGAACAGCGGAAUUGAGGCUGAUGCCGAAAGCGAGUCUGAAUCUGAAAACGAAGACGUUGAGGAAAACGACGAGACGGAAGAGGGCCAAGAAGCUACUCAGAGCGACGAACCCAGCGGCGCCGACGAGGCUACGCUCCAAGCUGGAUCCAACCUCUCCACGCCCACGCCGGCCCCCAUUUUUGGCGCUGCUUCUUCAAAUACCCAAUCGGGUUCUGGAGACAACACUGGCAGCGGCGGCUUCAACUUCAACUUCGGAGCGGGAGGGGCCUCCGCCUCCGCAGGCGGGUUCAGCAACCCCUUCUCAUCCGGCACUACUGGUGGAAACUCGACUCAGGCAUCGGCACCGACUUUCUCGUUUGGAUCGUCGUCUUCCCAGCCCGCAAGCUCGGGAAGCACUGGAGGACUGUUCCAGUUUGGCGGCGGCAGCGGCAGCAGCAGUCAACCUUCGCAAACACCGGCACCCCUGUUUGGUGGCGCCUCGGCGUCGACCAGCAGCGGGCCGGCCUUUACUGCCUCGGCUCCUGCGAGCCAGCCGUCAUCGUCCAUGUUCACCUUUGGAUCUGGACCAAGCCAGCCUUCCGCCGGGUUCAACCUCGCACCACCAGCUGGUGGGUCGUCGACCACCGGGACAACCGGCGGGACCCCGGAACCAUCGGCCCAAGUGAAGUCCAGCACUGGCGCCGCUGAGAACAAUGACGAGGAAGGCGAGAAGCACGAGCAGAUCAGCCUGACGGAGGGUGCGGAGAAGGACGAGGACAUCUUACACGAGGUCCGCGCAAAGGUGCUCAAGUUUGUCCCCAUGGGGGAGACUUCGGAGGGCGAGGAGAAAAAGGCCAAGAAUCCCUGGGUCACCAAGGGCGUUGGCUCUCUGCGCUUGUUGAAGCACAAGGAAACCAGCGCCGUCCGCCUGCUUUUGCGAGCGGAGCCCAGGGGCAACGUGGCCAUGAACCGCAUUGUGCUGCCGGAUCUGUCGUACAAGGCGAACGAGAAGUAUGUGAAGAUGACGACGUCUAACGAAACGGGCGACGGGCUCGAGACUUGGAUGAUCCAGGUCAAGACAAAGGAACUGGCGAAGGAGUUGGGUGAUGCGUUGGAGAAGCACAAGGCGUUCAACAAGAAAUAA